AUGAAACUCUUGUUUUGGAAAAUAGCUAAGGCUUAUAAUGUUGCUAACUACAAUGAUGCACUAGAGGAACUGGCUGAGUUAAACUCGGAUGCAGCUAUUGCAUUCAAGGCAUACAACCCUAAAUGCUUCUGUAGGGCUUUCUUAGAUACUAGUGUGAAGACAAAUGCCAUAACUAGUAAUAUGGCUGAGACUUUUAACGUUUACAUCAUAAAUGCUAGGACAAAGCAUAUGAUAUAUAUGUUAGAGGAUAUAAGAGUUGCUUUAAUGCAAAGAUUAGUCCUGAAAAGACAAGAAAUGACCAAGUGUACUUCAGUGCUUUGCCCUAGGAUCCAAGCCAAGUUAGAUUUGGAGAAAGUUAAGGCUGCUGAUUGUGAUGUGUUGCCAUCAACAGAUACUUUGUUCAAUGUGCAGUAUUACCUUGAUAAGUUGAAUGUGGAUUUGGAAUCCAAGACUUGUACCUGCAGAAAAUGGGAUAUGUUAGGCAUCCCUUGCAGGCAUGCAAUAGCUUGCAUCUACUUUGUUCACAAAGAAGCUGAGGACUUUGUGCAUGACUCUUACAAGAGGGAGGUCUAUUUAAGGGCAUAUGUUGGUUCCAUACCUCCUGUGGAAGGUGAGAAGCACUGGCCUAGGAUAGAAAGCAAUAUCAGCCCACCUCCAAUUAAAAUUGGACCUGGCAGACCUAGGUUGAACAGGAGAAAUGACCCAUUUGAAGACCCUAAAAAGCCUGGUGUUGUGCCUCCACCAAAAAGGGCGAAGGGGAGACCAAGAAGUGAUGGACCAACCACUGCUUCAACAACAGAUGCUGCUGCACACUUGGAUUCUACAGCAUAG